AUGUCUGAGUUGGAAACUAUAACGAAGAGAACUGUUCCUGGUGGGGACGUUGCUAAGAAUAGCGAUGGUGAUCUGCCAGUGGCGGAGAACGACAAGGUGCAGCUUUCCCAAGAGAAAAGCAGUAUAAGAGUGAAUUUGAAAUCAGGUAAGGAAGACCAUAAUAACAGUAACGUGCAGCCGGGGGACAAGUCGGACGAUGAGACGUCUACGGUUGGGUAUAUAUCAAUAAAGGACUUCGCCUACAGUGAGGCUGACCCUUUACACUACGGUUAUUUCGAUGAGGAGGAUAAUGAAAGCGGGAUGAUUAACAGUGACGGGGUAUCAACAGGUGCCAAUAACGAUGGAGAACUAGAAGAUGCGGAAACAAAAAGGCAAAGUGUAAUCUUACCGCGUGAUUACAUUGUCAAUCACAGGGCCAUUGCGUUGUACGAUUUCGAGCCUGAAAAUGACAACGAACUAGAAUUGAAGGAAGAGGAUGUCGUAUAUAUAAGUUACAAGCACGGACAGGGAUGGCUUGUUGCUGAAAAUGAACAGCGAACGAAGACUGGACUUGUACCGGAGGAAUUUGUCUCCUACAUCGAAUCCGAUGAAGCAGAAAGGACUCAAGACGAGGACGUCGUGCGACCUUUUUAUCUAACACAGCUAAUAUCCCAAAGUUUAACCCCCGGACAAGGAACUAAUAAUACCAAACAGUCCAACGGAAAACACGGCAGCGGAAGAGAGACCAAAACCAAGAAAGGAGACGAAGAUGACGGAGAAUGGGAGGAUGUUGACGAGUUGGAGACCGACUUGCAUAAUAAAUUAAAUUUGUGA